AUGCCUCCAUUGAUUUGGCCAAUUGCUGAUUCUAACAAAUUCAGUCUCGAUGCUUCCGGUGUUGCUGGUUUCUUCGGCGGCGAAGAAGCUAUCACCGCCAUGGCUACUGUGCACCUAUACAGGGGGCGUGGAUGGCUCGGCUGGUACAACUCCCCCGGCAGCUACACUAUAGCCAAGGAGUUCGGCAGGAUAUCCAAGUCAAGAUUUUGGAGCGGUCUUUUUCCUGGCUCUAACCACGAUCCAGCUAUUGCAUUCAAGCUGGACGUGAAGACUGGCCCGAAAUACGUGGCAUCACGCUCAGGAACUGUCAUGCAACAGACAGGACACUUUGCACAUCUCCUAACGCAGGGGACAGAUGAUGUAAAGCCAAUUCUCCUUCCUGCCACACGAACCACUACAAAUUCACGCAUCUCUAUCGUCACUGUCCCUGAAAUUGCAUAUGACAACCUCCUUGUGCAGACCAUGAGCUAUCACCAUGCCGUCUUCGCCAGCUUCCCCAUCCUGGUCAGCAUCAGUUCAUGCAUCUUUUCCGCCUUAUACGCAGACUGGUACUCCUUUGCGAUGAUCCUUCUCGGAAUUAUUUCUAGUGGUGUCACGUGUUUCGUCAUCGGCUCCGGAGUCCUUGGUAUCGAAACGGUCAAGAACCCAGCGAAGGGCUCCCCUCCAGGAGACGGGAUCCUCUUGAUGCAGAAUGGCGUCAUCAUCCUGAAGGGAAAGGAAAAGGACGUGAAUGCCAUCACGAAGGGAAAAUUUUCGCUAAAGCUGAAAGGAGAACCAGAGUAUACAGCUGUCGGGCUGUGCUCGCUACUCCUUGAGGUUCAGUUUCUGCUACAGCUCCUCCUCAUUCCCCAGGGAUUGCUGAUCGGUCAGAUCAUGUUCCUGAUAUCGGUGGUCGCAUCCUGGGCGUACAACUCCUUCCUCGCAUCCCUAGACAAUGAAAAACUACAACGAAAACUCUUUUGCGACACUAUCAAACUUCACGAGACAGCCAUAGUCGGGUUCAAAGCUAGCACGCGGACCAGCAUGGCUGCAUUCACAUGCUUCGUUCUUUGCGAAAAUUUACCAAGGCCUCUCAAGGAUAUUGAGCCGAUGAAAAUUCUGUUGGAGUUUUUGCCUAAUGAGACGCCAGUAUGGCAGAAGUGGAGGGAGCAAGUGGUGGCUCAGGUCGAGAAAGAAGAGGACGACACAAGUAUCUUUCAACCUGGAAAUGUUAAUCUGUCGGGGCUCAACAGCGACGAACAGGCACUUUUAACGACUCUUCUACAGGAUGCGAAGGAUGCGUACGAAGGUUCACGCAGUUGCAUCCUCACAGUAGUAGUAGAGGUAGAGCGCAGUGUUGACUUGUUCUUCAAGGUGCAAAUGGAUCUGCAGCAGGAGCUUACGUUCCAUACGGCAGUGGAUCCUUUGACAAGACCGCUCUGCAAUUGGAUCUACAGGCUUGCAAGUCCGCCGGAGCAGGAACCGCGAGAAGCCCUGAAGAUCGCUGCAAGGGCUUCGCGGAAGUGGGAAGUGGUAGUAUUUGUUGGGAUCCGACGAAUCCGAAGGAGACAAGGCCGAAAGGAUGAGAGCCGAGAGGGAGAAGCAGCAACCGGCCGAAGCGUAGAGCCAAGGGAGAGGACACCAAGUGCGAGCGCAUCCAAACGGAGAAUGAGGUCGACGUGUCGUGGCCAACUUGUACCCGCAUCCAAACAUCUCAGUUUCAACUCGAAUACUGAGAUCCUUCAAGGCGGGCACACGCAAGGUUGUAUUGAUUGUGCAUGGCUCGCAUCUGUGUCUCGCGCAAUCUCGUAG